GUGUAUACACCACUUGGAAUAAGUGUAAAAAACAGAUAGAUGGUUACUCUGGUGCUUUGUAUAAGAAAUUCUUUUCAAAGCAGCAAGCUGAAGAAUUUAUCAAGAUAAUCGAUCCACAUAGUUCUUUAAAUUCAACAGCCAGAAUUGGUAUAUUCUUCGCUGAUGAUAACUCAUACAAUUUAUCAGAACAUUUGCCUGGUCUGCAACAAACAAAUAAUUGUGCUGAGUUAUACGCAGUAAUUCGUGCUCUGGAAGUAACUGUGUCUUAUCUCGAUUUGCUUAUCAAUACUGAUAGCACAUACGUGAUUCAAUCCUAUGACGUGUACUCGCCCAAGGCUAAUUGUGAUCUAGUAAACCAGAUGAACAAGGUUAUUCGAACAUGA